AUGAUGGACCAACAACUCACGUCAAGAGGCCAUCCCUUUGCGAAAUAUACCACCACAACACCAUCCAUUCGACCUAGCACGUCUGAAAGUAGAGGCAGUCCUUCCGCAGAGGGUAGCGUUCAGACCUCUCCAAUAAGAGACCGACCCGACCCAUUCUCCACCCCUUCCCCUUCAAGACCCGAAUCGAGCCUCGGAACAUCAUCUUCGGUCGGAAGAUCAUAUGGCACACCAUAUUUCCACUCGCGAAGAGUCAAGAAGGGAGAAGUUGAUCAGCCAUGGAAAGCGAAGAAGGACCCAAAGGAAAGAUGGGUCACGGUCAUCCCAAUCGUUGGCAUAUUGAUUGGACUCGGUAUUGCAGCGUUCUUUGUCUAUGAUGGUGUGCGUUCAGUCACUCAUCAUAAAUACUGUCCAGUCAUGAGUGAUGAUUUCUCAGGUGAUACACUCAAUACCGAUUUCUGGACUCAAGAAGCUGAAGUUGGUGGCUUUGGUAACGGAGAGUUUGAACAGACUACACUUGACGAUGAGAAUGUAUUCAUCCAAGAUGGAAAGCUCAUCAUCAAGCCCACAUUACAAGAUGCAAAACUCAUCGAAGCAAACGCCGUAAUCAAUCUUACAUCUGCCGGAACUUGUUCAUCCGAUAUCGUCAAGAACUGCGUCUCAGUCACCAAUAUCACCGCUGGCACAAUCAUCCAACCUGUUAAGUCAGGAAGAAUCAAUACCAAGAAAGGUGCCACCAUCAAAUAUGGACGUGUUGAAGUAACCGCCAAGUUACCUGCUGGAGAUUGGUUGUGGCCCGCGAUUUGGAUGUUGCCCGUAGACAAUGCUUAUGGAGGAUGGCCCGCAUCUGGCGAAAUUGAUCUUGUGGAAGCCCGAGGAAACAACUACACAUAUGCACAGGGUGGAAACAACAUCGUCACAUCAACUCUCCAUUGGGGACCCGAUUCCGCCAAUGAUGGUUACUGGCGAACAAACGUCAAACGUACCGCUCUCCACACCACCUUCUCAGCCGGUUUCCACACAUAUGGACUUGAGUGGUCCCAAAAGUACCUCUACACCUACAUUGACUCCAAGUUACUACAGGUGCUCUACAACACCUUCAACCAGCCGCUCUGGCAACGUGGACAAUUCCCCAAUUCUGACAUCAACGGAACGAGAAUUACAAAUGUUUGGUCUCAGACCGGUCGUGAUAAUACACCUUUCGAUCAAGAAUUCUACCUUGUUCUCAAUGUCGCGGUCGGUGGUACCAAUGGAUGGUUUGCUGAUGGAAAGAGUGGUAAACCUUGGAUUGAUGCUUCUGUAAGAGCUAAAAAUGAUUUCUGGGAGGCGAGAGAUCAGUGGUAUCCUACUUGGACUGCAAACAAUAAUCAAGGCCAGAUGGAGGUCAGUAAAGUGGAGAUGUGGCAACAAUGUGAUGGGAAUGAGGACCUUUAA